AUGGCCAGUUUUGCCAGAACCAUCAAAUCUCCUUAUCUUUCACCCCGACUUCGACCUUCCAUGCCAGGGCGCUCCAUGUCUACGAACUCCGACCAAGCUAGCCAAGCCAACCCUCAUCCUCCUCCUCCUCCUCAAAGCCCACGAUCAGGUGAAAUUAUCGGCGAAUUCGACCUGUCUGGACGAAACACCCCCGCGAUUCCAUCCAGAAGACCAAAUGAACUACAAGACGGAUUCUUUGACCUUGAUGACAUUGAACCUCGUACUUCCUACUUCUCAGUCGUUUGA